AUGAUGGCAUGCUAUUUCUACCCAUCCCCAAAGCUCCUCCUUUGCAUUACUCCACACGAAACACCCAUGUGGACACGACUAUAUCAGGCAGCAAUGAAAUCCUACUCGGUGUCAUUGGCACCUCUCAGCAUUCACCAUGCAUGCCACUGGGAAAAUGAAGAUGUGGGCAUUUCUCCUCUUACUACAAGCUGCCUACAGCCUGGCCUCUGGAUCCUUAUAUGGUCCGCUGACUCCUGCAAAGGACGUUGCAAUGAGAAAUAUAACUCCAAGGAUGUUUGCCAUUGCAAUAAUCAAUGUGAAACGUAUCAAAACUGCUGUGAUGACUACCAGAGCUAUUGUGGACAAGGUAAUACAGAGAAUAAAGAAAAAGAUGGGUUUUCCAGCAGUGAUGAUGCAAUUACCAAUGAGGAACUGCAACAAGUGUCUGAGCAACUUUACCAAAGUGACUCCAACAGAGCAGAGGAGUCCGACAUCAUCCUUAACAAACAGCAUCUAGCUUCAAAUACUAAAGAUCAAGAAGAUGAGUCCCCAGAACCGCUCUUCAAGUAUGUCAAUCAAGAGAAGCUCUUCUCUAAGCCAACAUAUGCCAGUUUUAUUAAGCUCCUGAAUAAUUAUCAUAGAAAGGUUGGGACUGGAGAAGAAUUCACAGCAGAUCAGCUAAAAGAGCAGGACAAUUUCCUCCAGGAAAUCAUGAAGACCAAAGUCAUGAAAGAACUUUACAGCUUCCUUCAUAGCAAAAAUCGUUAUGACACUGAGUCAGAUUUUGUUGCUGAUCUGAAGAAGAUGUGGUUUGGUCUUUACUCUAGAGGAAAUGAUGAGGGUGAUUCCAGUGGGUUUGAGCACAUCUUCCUAGGUGAAGUCAAGAAAGGAAAGGUAUCUGGAUUCCACAACUGGAUUCGUUUUUAUCUUUUGGAGAAAGACGGUGUUAUUAACUAUUUGAGUUACAAUUAUGAUGGCCCAUGGACUUCGUAUCCAGAUGUCCUGGGUAUGCAAUUCAGUUGGGAUGGAUUUUUCAAGGAAGUCGGCACAGCUUUCAUUGGAAGCAGUCCUGAAUUCGAAUUCGCCCUCUAUUCACUGUCUUUCAUUGCUAGGCCUGGGAAAAAGUGUCACCUGAAAAUUGGGGGCCAUAAUCUGGAGAUCCAGACACAUACUUGGGAUAAGUCUCCUUAUGGUAAUGGGAAGAGGUACAUAGCCACAGCUUAUGUGGCAUCCCCAUGAGAUGGCAAGAUCCUGUGUGUGAAACAUCCUGAAAUAUUGGCUGCAAUCCAUACGACUCCAACUGUACUCUCAUCUCCACCAGCAGAUGCUCUGGAAUGGGCCUCUUCUCUGAUCAUUCAGGACUGCAUUAAUAUUUGUUUGCCCAAGUCAUGUGGAGUCUGCCACAGGAUGCUGAGACUGGAGGUCUGUGACCCCUUGAGUCUUUAUGGUGACCGUGGAAUGAUUUACAUCAUACUCCAUUCUGCACAAAUGACAUCCAUGCUUGACUAAAUUGUGGGAAAAUGUGUAAACAAUUUUAAUAGAAGAUCAAAUAACAGAAAGUCAAAUGAGGAGGAGGGAAAUGCUUUUAUCCAAAGUGAAAAUUUGAUAUCAAAUAGAAAUUCCCAAUUAAACAAAACUUCCAAGACAUGUCAGGAAAAAAAAUCCAAAAUAUUUUUGAUAAGGCAAACAAAAAUGAUUUUAAAAGUAUUAUACUCUGUUGCCAGAAAUUCAAAAAGGUAAAGAUGACAAAGAGACAUAAGCUAGAUCUACACUGCUGCAUAAUCCAGUUUAAAGCAGACGAUCUGGAUUCAGAAAUUAGAUUAUAUAGCAGUGUAGAUAGGGCCAAAGGGAAAUCUUGUCCCAUUAAGAAGAACAACCAUGAAGAUACCCGAUUAACAGUGCAACCUAUGACAAGUGCCACGUCUGAUUCCUUCUGGGUGAUCUCCAUGGU